AUGGCCAAAAUUCUCCAUACUUCUCCGGUAGGGUGGAGCAAUAUGACGAGACAUUGGUGGCAAUUCGCUCUGGUUGGUAUUUUGCUCGGUAGUGUAAUCCUGGGAUGUCUGUAUAUCCUGUACUCGGUGAUUCGUCGAUCCAUCAGGCAUUUGAAGUCCCGAAAGCCACCAGAAGCCAUCUCCCCGGAAGUUGAUAGAGCGCUUGAAAGGCUGACAGACCAAGAAAUCGCAUUGGGAACUAGUAACCCCAGUAGUACCAUCGUGAAGAAGAAGCCCUCUUCAUUUGGUGUCUACCUUGGAAGCUUUAAUGUGCCUCCAACGGAAGAUCAGCUUCGUUUGCUUACUCGAUGGGAUCUCUUGAUUGUAGACCCAUUGCAGGUUGGCAUACGAGACGCUGCGUCCAAGUACGACUGUAGGCAGUUACUAGGGCGGAUCAAUCUCACUCCAGUCCUGUCUCAGAGAGACCCAACCUUGGAGGCAAUUGACAAGAUUGAGAGAACACUGGUCGGGUUUGAUAACACCGUCAUCUCUGGCGUUCUCCUUGCAGGCUGGCAAGCUGUCUUCGGUCAUGAUGUGCUAAGCAGGGUCUUGAAAGCUCUCAAUACACUCGGCUUGGCCGUUUACUUGGAGGCAGAACCUCCAGAGUUCCUGACGGACCGCAAGGUAUUGCAGACUAAUCAUAUUGCGGGUCUAGUAAUUCGCAAUGCAAGUAUCAUGUCCGAUGGUCAGAAGCGCGAUUACUUUCAGUUGAACACUCUUCAACGCACAAUUAAGGCGUUUGUCUCGGAAGCCUGUGUACGUGAUUUUGUUGUCAUGGCGUGGGAGACGGUGGGGGAUGAGGUACACAUACCGACUGCUAUCGUUCGAAGGUCAUUUCAGUGGUGCACCUUUUAUAGUAUGAUCGUUUGGAUUGGCACUGAGUCUGCAUUGCAUGAUGCAGCCCUGAACCUUCCUAUUGCUGAGCCUCUCUCUGCCUUUUCAUGGCUGAAGGAAAGUGAUGUCAUGAAGGCCCAUGAGAUCUGGCGAACAAACUCCCAUCUUGUCAAUGAGGCAUCCGAUUUAGAGGCUUGGAACAUCCUUGUACAGCAGUUUCCAAGCCUUGAACAAGUCCUCGCUCACAAAGAAGUAGCACCAUCGUCACCGUCCAAGGAUACGCCGUUUUGUCUUUGUGAGCCUCCAGAAUGGGUAUCACAGACCAAGUCUCAAGGCAGCCCGCUGUCGAUGUCAAUGUCAGGGGAGAACUACCAAAACCUUGGCUGCCUGCCACUUGGUUCGAAUGCAACUGCUUCUUCUUUUGCUGAGAUCCUCAACUCCCAAUUGCAGCUUAACAGUCUAGGCCUGCUGCAUCCGCUUCCAUCGUCGAAAAUAAACGCCAUUUGCACAAUGAUGAAACAGUUCAACGAAGCUGAUAUUUUUCCACACCGCACUCAUAGGCCCCAGCUCAUGGCAGCACUCGAAGGUAUUUCACAGUUUCCGAAUAGUGAAGGGCUACGUAUAAAUCUCUGUUUAGACUCGGGUCUACGUCAGAGCGCAGAUGUCCGUUUCUGGGCCGUCUACAUCCAAGACUCAGAGGGUAUCGAAAUCUUUGUCUCUAAAAAUGUUCAGGGGCUGGCUGGAACCGUCCUGCAUACCUUCCUUUCCGCCCAGGGCUUCCCUAGGCACGUCUGUUUCGAAGCAGAAAUCGAAUUCGCUCGCUGGUCUGGAAACCUCGUUGAUGGUUCCGGACUCACUCGCCGUAUUGUGCAGGAUAUUGAUGGCCUGGGUCCUGAGCAGCGGCUUCUUUUGCUUCGACAUUUAUCACUGAGUGAUGUUCAAAGUAAAUUGACUGAGACUAUCUGCACAUACAUCAGUCAACAGCUCGUGGACGUACCGUCCUUGAUGCAACUCAAAGAAGUCAACACUGUCGGCUAUCUCGAUGGAUCUGUUUCCACAGAAGUCCUAAUCAGCUCUCGACUCAAUUGGCAUCGCGACGAACAAUGCCCGCACCCAUCAUUCCCUGCUUCUCUUUCUCUGUUCAUCGAAGUGGAUCGUACAUUUAUCAAGAUUCUGGAAGAACGCCGCCAAAGAGAUCUCGCUAGGAUCACCAAAGCGCUUUGUAAACUUGUUCAGAGGAACAAGCUAAACCCUCAUGUUGACUUGAUGGCUCUCUCCCUCUUCUGUGCUGCCCGGAAAGCUGCAUUUGAUCAAAUUUAUACCGAAGUAACCGAUAGAAACCCGCUAUUCAACUCCCAUCCUGACCAGGCUGCUGCUUUUGCCGAAUCAUUUGCUCUUGGCUCCCGAUGUGAGGCUUAUUUUGAUAUGAGCCCCAACGCCUUUGGAAAACUACUGUCUGAUCAUUUCCGGGCGUACUACAAUGAACGCCAACCGCCCAGUUGGAUCAAUGGCUCAGCGGAGAUGGCUACCUCUUACGCUGGUGCCCAGAUCGAUAUCGACCUGGAUAUCAAGCCCACCACAAUGCGUGGCUACCAGAGGUUUACCUUUCUCAGUGUCUUCGCUAUUCCCGCUUUGAUCGAUAUUCUGAUGCUAUCCACCAUUGGCCGUGGACUGUACUUGUCUGCAUUCAUGACGCACCAUGAGCAGCUCAGCGCAACCACUGCCCUCAUGAUCUCCCUCUUACUCUCAGGUGUAAUCGGCACAUGCAUCGCGUGUGGUGGUCCAUAUUACCUGAUCUCCAUGGCUUUUGCCGCCGCGAAUAUGUUUGUCUUCACCCGUCUUCUUGCUGGCUUUGCCUUUACCAUUGCAGCUGGUUGCAUUGGGCUCAUCGCCAUCUCCAGCACAAGAGGUCCACGGGCCGGUAUAGUUUUCUAUCUGUACUUGGUUGCCUUGACGAUGUAUUUCUCCAUCUUUGCGUCUCUUGCUAGUUUCAGCUACCCAGGCAGUUCCUUUCAUUCGGGCCGCAAAGCCAUCCUAGGAUGUAUCCCCCUCUUAUUCAUCAGUCCCGUGGUCACCACCUUCACAGGCUAUGACUCCAUUGUCUAUCUCGUCGUGAUUUACUGCUUCGUCAUCGUGCUGCUAGUCGGACUGAGAAAAGUCACGUCCAAUUGGGUGACAUGGUACCAGAGCAUCCGCCGGACAGACGACCCAGAGAUCAAGAUGUGGUAUGUGACCACCUACGGAAAGAUAAAUGAGAAGAACAUUGAUAAGCUCAGCGAUCCAGCUGUGCUCAAGCUUGCGAGUGAAGCUUUGCUCCAUGCCGUUCAGACGGAGAGAAGACGGGGACCUUUCACCACGCCGACUCCAGACAAGCUGGUCUUUGAACUCGCGAGAGACUGGGACUCAACCAACUUUCUACUUGACUGGUACUGCAGGUACGCCAGUUUACCGCGGCCCAUUCCCUUCAGCUCAUGCUGGAACACGUUGACGAAGGUUGGUCUGGACGUCAUGCGAAACUCCCAGAAAGGCAUCCGUUUGCACAACGCUUUCAUCCACUGGCGGCAGUCAGGCAGGGAGAUCGGUUGUGGGACUUUGUACUUUAUAGUUGCUCUUUUGGACAAGUGGAUUGAAUUGCUCACUGGUGGCCACCUAGUUGGUCUCUCUGCGUCUCUCACAGACACUUCCAGGACGGCAGUUGGCUUUGGCUUAGCCUAUUAUUUAAUCGGGGCAGUUCUCAUCGACACCAAGGCCCAAAAGCUCCAUGCCCUUGUUGGCUCUCAAGAACCGGAUGCAAUAAAGUCGGUUGAAGACAUCCAAGCGUCAGUCAAGCGUGGUGUGAGAUUUAAGCGGAGCGUGUAUUGGAGGAUACUUAUCCAGUUUCUCAUGUGGCAUGUCUGGAGUCUUGCAUUCUCCACGGUCCUCUUAUGGCUAUUCCAGUCGUCGCUGGAGGCUGUUGUUAUGUUUCUCGCCUACGUUCUCGCGUACACCGGCCUAUUGUGGUAUCAAUACACCAAGAUCUUUUCUGGCCCCCAUGCUUUGAUACCACUUCUCGUCGGACUGGCCAUCGGCUUAAGCCUGGGAAUUGCGCUCCGAAUCUGUCUUCCCAACCUUUCGUAUUCUUCAGUCAUUGGUUUGGGAACCGCAACAUGGACAAUAGCUAUCCUCACUCUUUGGAGUGCCGGUUUACGGAUGCCUAACAAAGCGGUAGCUCCGGAUAGUUCUGAAAAGGUCUACCAUGCAUUUACCACGUCGUGGGCCGAUCCUCAGUGGUCGCAAGAGGAACUGCAGGCUAUGUACAAAAGUCUCUCCCAUAUACCGGACGAGGCUCGGAUGAAGAUCAGUCCCGAUUCUCAUCCAGGACUGGAAAUCACAACUUUGCUACGGUCACGCACAACUGAUCCAAUGAUUGGAGAAGCAUUCCCCGAGUCCAGCCAUAUCAUUGAAACGGCGCUCACUUCAUGGAACAGGGGAGACAUGAUUUUGGAAGUCGUCCCUCGGCGUUCUCUCGGGCCAGGUACUCGGGCGUUGAGCUGCAGCCACAAAAGUCGAUUGCAUAUCAUUAUUUGUCUUGGCCGAGGAGCAACCCAGCGAAUUGACAUCAGGGGAAAUUGCAAGGUCAUCGCAGAAAUUGUUGUCCAUACAGUUGCUGAGGCUGUGUUUGGAGUUCCUCACGACUAUGCCAUCUUGGCCGAGUCUUUGAUUACUGCCGGUAUCACACAAGGGAUGGCACGACAGUUGUUCGAGGAAACAGAUACCCUGCCCGUUAUCCACUGGGCUAGAAAGGAGGUUCUGCGCCAAUUAUGCCUAGGCUUUGACCUAGAAAUUCACUGGGAGAGCCUUCCAAAGGGCAUCCGCCGCAUCUUACUGAACCGUUGUCUUGGAUUGCCGAGCUCUUUGUCCGAUUCCCAGGCCCAGUGGCUCCAGGAGCAGCUCUGCAGAUUCGAUACCAAUGAUCUUUCUGUACAUGUCGCUCGCUGCAACCUCGGGGCGGCAGUUGCCACAAGCAUACUUGAAUACGCCCGCGUUAGAGCUGACGGGUCUGUGGCUCCUGGAGGCUCUGAAGCGUCUCUGGACAUCUUAUACACUGCAAAACCGUAUUCUCGAGGGACUUCUAUUUUGAAAACACCGUUUAGUUGGUUAUAUCACUGCUGUGGUGAUAUAACCAAGUUCCUUGUCACUGCCAUGAUAGCUGACCCCGAGUUUCAAAGGGAAUUCGAACAUGUCAUCCGAUCUCGCCCUGCAUUCAUCAGAUUGCCUGUCAAACUUUUCCUCAAUCUUCUCUGGUCAUAUUCCAAGACGGUACAGGAUCUAGGGUUGAUGUUCUUUCUUUUUCAUGGUCGUGGAAAUAUAAAAGAGCUGUGGGAAGAGACCAAGGGAAUGACAAUUGACAUCAAGAAGAACAGAUUUACGAUCCAAAGCCCAGGCGGUACCUUCACUGCUUUCAAGCAUGAUAACGAUGAAGACGGUGGUUUCAAGGUAUAUUACUAUACCGGCCACCACAAAUGUGAACCCAGAGACACCCACUUCCUCAAAUCUAUGGGUAUCUACUCUCGAGCAAUGCUUCUGCGGGCCAGGAACGAGUUCAAGGAUGGUAGGAUGUUGAACGAAUACCAAUAUGAGUAUCGCGAGCCCACAAGAAAGGGUCCUAAGCUGUCCAAAGGGGUGAAUAGCAAGAUUCCUAUCCGUCGACGAUGUGUACAAGGCGAGAACCAGUCGCAAUGUGUGCAAUAUAACCGAAAAGGCUUCAUUGAGGCAGGCCUCUACAUGAAGGAUGGCAAUCUGGUUCGCUUCCAAUAUCAUUACCGCAAGAAUCCCCAAUUCGGAGACGAGCUACUCCGUGCUGAAUACGUUCUAUCUCACAUCAGCUGCACGGUUUCCUGGUGUGCACCUCCUCAUCGGCAUCCUGAAAAGGCCGACCGCUGGAUACCAUGUUCCAAAGUCACGGAAGCAACGUUUGUGCAGGGCCCGGAUGUGUAUGAAAGCCGUUGGUUCUAUGACCACAAGUUCGAGCCUACCAUUGUAACGACUCUCAAUGGCGAGAAAAUACAGACACCACCGAUGAUCGAACAUGACUAUCUCGGUGUUCUGUCAAAGCCAAAGGAUACCGGUUUUGCGCACGAAAACCCCCUUGUGUACUGCGAGAGUCUCAACUCGAACUUUCUGACGCGGACAUUAGGCCUCAGAAAGAAACGGUUUCCGGUUUCCACGUCCCAAGCCCGCUCCUUGAUCUGGCAGGCCUGGAAGGAGCGGAUGGACUUGGAUGGCGUGACUGUUCGCUGGAUGGACGAUCGGCUCCUGCGCAAAGACAAAGUGUUGGGUCCCUACUGGCGUUUGCGAGACCGCGGCAAUCUGCGCGCGGCGAAGAAGUUUGUGUCUCUUCGAGCCGACGCAAUCAUGGCCAGUGCUGACCUUGACGACAACAUCUCCGGCUGGACACCACUGGCGGUCAAGCUGAGUGACCUGGUCCAAUUUGGCUCUGGAGGCGAUGCGGUCGUGAAAACCAGAUCAAACGGCUUUGGCCCGGAUACCGAGAAGACACUGCACGUCCUCGCAAUUGACAAUGGCACCUGGCCCAACGAAGGUGGUGGUGUCUCGGCCUGUCGACGUGAUAUGAUCGACUCGUUGCGUACAAUCAAGUGGCAUAUGAUUUGCGAGUCGGCAAACGACUUUGGCAUUCCCAAGCAUCAAACAGAAGAGAAUGUGCAUUCCCUCAAGGUGGUCCCUCUUUGGGGGCUGGACUUUCUCACCCCUACCCACGGGCUAUUCAGAAACAAGCUCGACUCUGAAGUCGACGAUGUGACCUCAGCCAGUCAGCUCGAUAUUUCCAUGAACUUCAUACCCAUUCUGACCGCGUUGGUGAAGGGUGCUCGCGCGGUCCAUCUCUCCAAGGCCGAUAUCAAACAAGCGACAAGGGCUUUGGUCAAUCUGAAUACGUACUUCCAGGACUCGAGACAUUGGACGCAGGUAUGGAGCAGCGAAGUUGUCAAAGAGCGAUGGCGCGAAUUGUGGCUCGCUCAGGAUAUGCCCAACACUAUUCCAUCAUCCCAGUGGCUGGACACAGAACUUCCUACGCUGGGCACGCUUGACACUGCUAUGGAUCUAUGGUAUCGCUACCUGUUCAUCUUCUCGAUCCCUGUCCCUGAAAGAAUCCCCGCCGUGUUCCAGGCAUCACAUCAUAGUGUCAGCGCGUCUUAUGGAGUCGUAUGCAAGAUUCAGAGGGGCUGUACACUGCAGAUCUGGGAUCAUGCAAUCAGCUGGCGGGAGACCAACAUUUGUCUAUCGUCUGCCUUGUGCACACUCUCGCCAUUCGUGCGCAAUGCACUGCUCGGCUUGUUACGUAUCACGUCGGUGCUCUCGCUGCACCACGCAGAUAUCGUCUCCCCCUGCGCUGACUUCUUCAACCCUGGCUGGGAGAUUGAGAUUGGGACCUGCCAGGGGACCAUUGAGCACCGCAAUGUCUUUCGCCGAAAGGUUGACCCUGUUGUCAACGGGAUCACAGACAUGCAGAAGUUCACCCCUGUCCAGGAAAUCCAGUCGCAACGUCCCACUGCCACCAUGCUCUCGCAUGUCUGGUAUGCCAAGGACAUCAAGACAGCUCUCUUGGCUGCGGAUAUCAUCAUCAACCAGUGGAAGUUCCAUGACUAUUACCUGGACAUCUAUGGCGCACUUGACAAAGCGCCCACAUACUCCACCGAGUGUCAAGAAAUAAUUGCCUCCAAGGGCCUUCGCGGCAGGGUCACAUUGCACGGCACCGCCGACCCAAUGAAAGUCCUUGAGAACACCUGGCUCUUCCUCAAUUCUUCCCUGUCUGAGGGUCUGCCGUUGGCACUGGGCGAAGCAGCCCUGACCGGGGCGCCUGUUGUUUGCACGGAUGUCGGAGCCUCACUUCGCGUGUUAAGCGACCCAGAUGACUUCUCGCGAUUCAGCGCAGUCGUCGCACCGAACGAUGCGGAGGCUCUUGCCCGAGCUCAGAUUUCCAUGCUGGGGAUGUUGGGAGAGUGGAGCCAGUUUGCCGACGACAGCGACCCGGUGCCUGUCCUGACCUCCUCUCCCACUACCGAAGAAGUGGCUCGAAUCACUCGCCGGAUGUAUGAGAAGAGCCAGCACCGCCGGAAGCUGGGUAUGAUGACACGAACCAUUGUCCAAAAGUCCUUCAGCGGGGAUCGCUAUCUCCGUGAACACGAGCAGAUGCUCUGGAUCGGCAAGGCCCUGCAGCUCAUGGCCAGUCGCUCCACCGCCAGCGAUAGAGCAGUAGUUGAGCAGGGUACUAAUGAUUAUUCCUUCGCAAGGGAGGGAGGGGGAGGUCCCUCGACUGACUCCCGUAAUGCCAUGGGGUCAGGCCAGACAUCUGCCAUCUCUGCCGUAUCAGCUCCAUAUACCGAUGCCUCCAGCCUUCCAAUCUUCAGAGAUGGUCGUCGAGACUCCUCCACCAAAUCCUCCGGAAUAAACAGCACGCCCAUCAGCGCCAGCGGGGAUUACUAUUCUCUACGCUCACCAGACGCCCCGUUGCCGGUCUUGUUUCCUCGCGAGGUCCCCAGAUACUCCAGGGCGUCAAGCCAUCCCCAUCCAUUCAACCAGUACAGAACAAGUCGCUCACGUUCACUCUCGAUCUCUACGGCCGGUCGGAAACAGUUCCAUGGUCUUCACGACGCUUUGCAUAGACAGAACAACACCUACCCUGCUGCUUGA